ACGUCGUUGGGAACAUCGUGCGCUCUUUAACGUCAGUCUCAUCACGGUGCUCCGUCUUCGCACGUCUCGUAACGUCACAUCGAAAUUCAACGCGUAUCGAAAUCAGGCGAAUCGGCUAUCAAAUCGUACAGGACGUGAUUGCUGCCAAUUGGAGCGCGUUUUUCCAUUAAAACAAACGUGAUCUAAUCGCGAACGAAGCGUAAACGAACCCAUUGGGGUUUUCAACUUAAGCGUUUAAAUACAUCGCGAAAGCUGCAACUCUUCUUCAGCACGCGGACCCCACAGCGGAAUUCACGCAGGAAGAGCUCUUGGCACCUUCGAGGCGAGUCUUCGCCGAGAGGGUAUUUACCUGAACGGUGGAAAUCAUCAUCUCCGACCAGCACAAUUAAUUAGGUCAUCUAGACUGAUUGUGAGAGACAGCAUCGUGAGCGAAGCAGGGAGCGACAAAAGGUCACGCCAUGCCGGCAGGUACUGGCGCUUCGUACAGGUCUUUAGGCGACCUGGGCGAAGAUGUUUACAAAAGCACAACCAUCGUCGAUCAGACACAGACCACCGGCCAAAGCGUUCUCGAAUCCGUGAAGAAAGCUUUUAGCUUCACCUCACCGAAGGCUGAGAUGCGAAAAAAGGAUCCGCUAAUCGAAGAUCGUCGCGAAAGCGUCUCGAUCGUCUCAAGGGAGAGAAACAGGAUGCCGACAGCAGCUACUGCCGAGGAAUCUGCUCUAUUGGGCACGAUGCCUUCCGACAGCAUGGAUGACAUCGAGCUAAAAAACAUUCAGUUGCAAUUCCCGGCGCUGCGAUAUCUCUCCAGAGACGACAGCUCUGUACGAGAAGAAAGGGUGGAGACCGACAAGGGAAGUUUGCUAGUAGCGGUGCAAGGAAAUCGAGCAAAACCAGCUAUUCUUACUUAUCACGAUCUAGGCCUUAACUACAUCUCGAGCUUCCAAGCAUUCUUUAAUUACAUCGAUAUGCGUGUUCUACUUGAAAAUUUCUGUGUAUACCAUGUAAACGCACCCGGACAAGAAGAAGGCGCACCGACACUACCCGAAGAUUUUACGUAUCCGUCCAUGGAAGAGCUGGCUGAACAGCUGCUCUUUGUUCUUGGCCAUUUUGGUAUAAAAUCUGUAAUUGGUUUUGGAGUCGGAGCUGGUGCCAAUAUACUGGCAAGAUUUGCACUUGCCCAUCCGGAGAAAGUAAAUGCGCUGUGCCUGAUAAACUGUGUGUCUACGCAAGCAGGUUGGAUUGAAUGGGGAUAUCAAAAGUUGAAUGUACGCCAUCUGAGAUCGCAAGGCAUGACGCAGGGUGUUCUCGAUUAUCUAAUGUGGCAUCAUUUUGGUAGGGGGACCGAAGAACGGAAUCACGAUCUGGUUCAAGUGUACAAGAACUAUUUUGAGCGUCGCGUAAAUCCAACGAAUCUUGCAUUAUUUAUCGACAGUUAUGUUCGCCGCACGGAUUUGAACAUAACAAGAGAAUUAGACCCAACACGCAAGAAGGAGGGAUUGACGCUUAGUGUGCCAGUGAUGAACAUCACGGGUGCUUUAAGCCCUCAUGUUGACGAUACUGUAACGUUAAAUGGACGUUUGGAUCCGACAAACAGCUCCUGGAUGAAAAUAUCCGAUUGUGGUAUGGUAUUAGAAGAACAACCGGGUAAAGUAAGCGAGGCAUUUCGAUUGUUUCUUCAGGGUGAAGGAUACGUGGUGAGAUCCCCGCGGAAGCCCGUGAAGCCGACAACACCCGAAGUGGCCCCGCUGUCGCCGUUAAAAAUGGCCGAUUUCAGACUGGCUUCCUUGGAAGGACUGAAUCACGUUUGCAGCAAGAAGAUCGACUGGCCUACUGCGACCAUACACAUCACAGAGAAUCCGAUAUCGGAGGCAGUUGUCUGUUAAAUGUUAAUCACCGAAUUCUAAUGCCAUCGUCGAUUUUCGUUGGUGAUCAAAGCGAGUAUAAUCGGACACUAUAAUUUAGGAAAUUUUAAGGUUUCGUCGGGCAACGAUCCUUCGCGGCACUAAUCGAUUUCUUUCCGAGGCUUUUUCAUCAGCACCAUAUUUAUUUUAAUCGCGGUUUGCGCUAAAUCGACCACACGCGUUCGUAAUAAAUGUUUAAUUCUAAAUGACUAUCAGUUAAGAGCUUUAAAGAUAGAAUUUACUACGUAAAAGAUAUCUUUUACCGAUAUUAUACUUGCUCGAUAUGCAAUGUUGUUAGGAACACUAUUAAAGAUAAAUGAAAGAGC